CAGCAGUGCCCGGUGUCUGCCAGAGUCCAGGAAGUGGGGACUAGGCGGACCAGACCCACCCUGUCUAGAGAAGGGACCGAUCCCUGGGGGGACAUGGCCAGCAUCAGGGGACCGGGCGGCCCAGUCUCUGUAGGGUGGGGCUGGGGUUGACUCAGUCCACAGGCCAAGGGUUGCUCCCCAGUUCCCUCGGUCCCCACGAUCAGGAGGUCCCCACGCUUUGACUCUGCCAAAGCGUCUGGACAACCCAUGAAAAUCCAGUUCAGGCGACUGGGGGAGAUCAGAUUGAAGACCCUGGAACAUCAGGACCUUUGGCCAGUUCCGUAUCCCUGACCGAGCCUGGCCCACGGUCUCCUCGGGCUCCUCCCCAGCGCCUCCUUCCUGAAGGGCCCUUGGAACAGGGGUCCUUCACAGUCUGAAUGACGAUCGGGCUCAGCCUCACAGGGCUCGGCCCUGCGCGGGACGCUGCACGCCUGAUUCUCCCCACAGCACUGUCCCCAUUUCACAGAUGGGGAAGGUGAGCCACAGAGAAGCCGGCAACCCACCCCAGGACUCCUAGCCAACAACCAGGGCUGCCAGGAUCUAGCCCCAGGGCAUCGGGCCCUGAAACAUUGUACCAAAAGGAUGCCCUUAGAAGGCCUCUGGGGCGGCUGGGGAAACUGAGGCAGCAAGACCGACAGAGUGGGCAGAGGCUGGGGUGGGAGGAGAGUUCGGUCAGCACCGAGGCUCGCUCAGCAGCAGGACCGGCCAUGAUGCAGGGGGUGGGGGCAGGGCAGUAGAUUCCCAAGGAUGCUCGGAGGCAGCAGACCCAGGUGUGCCCCCUUAUUCACCCCUCCCUGACUCCAUGCGACCUCUCUGAGCCUCAGCUGGCUUCAGGGUCACCAUGACAACCCCCACACCACACCACCCAGGGCACCCCGGCUGGCACACUGCCAUCAGGGCCUGCUUAUUACGCUGGGUAGAGGAGCCCCAGGCCCACGGCCUUGAGGAGUCGUGGCGUGUCCUCCCCUGGCCUCCAAGCCAUCAACUGAUUAAUGUCGUCACCAACUGAUUUAGCAACCCUCCCCCACCACCAGCACCCCCCCAGAAGCACCGGGUCAGGAAGAGAUGCGGCCCAGUGGGCAGUUGAAAGCGGGGUCCCCUGGCCCCAAGGCCCUCAGCACUGAGCCUGAGGAGGCCAGAAGGGGAAGCAGGGUGGGGGCUGACAGGAAUAGCGAGGAGGAGGGGAACAGGUGCAAACAGCCCACCUGCUCACCCUCGACGGCCCCUCCAGAGCCCAGCCACACCCCCCACCUGCCUGGCCCUGCUUCUGCAGUUCAGGCCAGCUGCUGAGGUCCCCUUUCCCCAGGAGUUGGGCUGACCUGCUCCCCACCCAGCCAUGUCGGGGAUGAAGGGUGGACGGUGGGCAGCCCUGCAUUCCUCUGGAUUCCUCUGGAUCCUGGUUUCCAGUGUAAAGAAGCUGGGUGGUCUUGGGCCACCUCCUUGCUGUCUCUGGGCCCAAGUAUCCCUCUCCUUGUGGGGGAGAAGAUCAGUGCCCUCCGCAGCCUGUCGUGGUGGUCAGAUGAGUCACACAGGCAUAGGAGAUGCAAUUCAGCAUCCUUAUGAGCCGCCAUGGCAUCAGAUGUACCCCGGGGGUGAGGGCUGGGGGGUGGAAGUGGGCUCAGAGACCCCAGUCCAGCCUGAUACAAAAACUCCCUCAUCUGUGUCUCCUUUGUGAGGUCACAGGCCCAGGGUCUCCCGGAUCCCAGGCAGAAGGUGGUCGGGGCUUCUUUGCACACCUCCUUUGCCCAGCUUCCCAUCCCCCAACGGGCACCCCUCAGUCCAGAGUGACCGACCCGCAGGGGACAAUAUCAGACAGGGAAGCUGAGGCAGAGAGAUGAGUUACCUGCCCGAGGUCACAAGGCCAGGGUGCGUCUGAGCCAGAGGACAUGCCCAGAUGGCAGGCAGGUCUCCCGGGUCUCGGCAGUGACCAGCGCCUCUUCCUCCAAGACGGAGGGUGGGGCCUGGGGGCCAGGUUGAGGCCGAGAGGGACUCUGAGAAUGUCCCCUUUCUGCUGCACUGUCACCCUCUCUGGGGGCCAUGGGGCCUGCCUUGUGCCCCGGGCAACGGCUCGGUUCAUCCCAACCAGAGCUGGAGGCCUGUGGGGUCCGCCUGGCUCCCCCCACCAUCAUGCCUAACGCCCUAGGGGCUGGGGCAAGCUCAGUUCUCAGGACCAUGGAGCAUUCCAGAAAACUGAGGGCCGUGGCGUAGCCCCUUAACCAGAGCUGGCAGCCUUGGGUGCACGGAUGUCCAGCCCUGGGCUCAGAACUGGACAGCACGGUCUUAUCCUUGCAAAGCACCAUGUCAGCUGGCGGGCGCUCUCAUACCCCCGACAGACGAGGGGACUGGGGCGCCAAGACCUCUCUCAGGAUGGACCCUUUCGCGGACACGCUGCAGCGGCUGCGGGAGGCCUUCAGCGCGGGGCGGACGCGGCCGGCCGAGUUCCGGGCGGCGCAGCUCCAGGGCCUGGGCCGCUUCCUGCGGGACCACAAGCAGCUUCUGCAGGAGGCGCUGGCGCAAGACCUGCACAAGGAACAUAGUAAGCCUGCACCCGCCUCAGGGACUUUGCACAAGCUGUGCCCUUUGCCUGGAAGAUCCUGCCUCCAGUCAGCUUUCGAGUCAGAGGUGUCUGAGAUCAGCAUCAGCCAGAGCGAGAUCAACUUGGCCCUCAGGAAUCUGAGGUCAUGGAUGAAGGAUGAGAAAGUGCCCAAGAACCUGGCCACGCAGCUGGACUCGGCGUUCAUCAGGAAGGAGCCCUUCGGCCUGGUGCUCAUCAUCGCCCCCUGGAACUACCCCGUGAACCUGAUCCUGGUGCCGCUGGUGGGCGCCCUCGCAGCAGGGAACUGCGUGGUGUUGAAGCCAUCGGAGUUCAGCAGAAGCACCGAGAAGGUCCUGGCCGACGUGCUGCCCCGAUACCUAGACCAGAGCUGCUUUGCCGUGGUGCUGGGCGGGCCUCAGGAGACGGGGCAGCUGCUGCAGCACAAGUUCGACUACAUCUUCUUCACGGGGAGCCCUCGAGUGGGCAGGAUCGUCAUGUCCGCCGCCGCCAAGCACCUGACGCCCGUCACGCUGGAGCUGGGGGGCAAGAACCCCUGCUACGUGGACGACGACUGUGAUGCCCAGACCGUGGCCAACCGCGUGGCCUGGUUCCGCUACUUCAACACCGGCCAGACCUGCGUGGCCCCCGACUACGUGCUGUGCAGCCCUGACACGCAGGCGCGGCUGCUGCCCGCCCUGCAGAGCGCCAUCACCCGCUUCUACGGCGACGACCCGCGGGGCUCCCCGAACCUGGGCCGCAUCAUCAGCCAGAAGCACUUCCGGCGGCUCCAAGGCCUGCUGGGCUGCGGCCGCGUGGCCAUUGGCGGCCAGAGCGAUGAGGGCGAGCGCUACAUCGCCCCCACGGUGCUGGUGGACGUGGCGGAGACGGAGCCGGUGAUGCAGGAGGAGAUCUUCGGACCCAUCCUGCCCAUCGUGAACGUGAGGAGCCUGGACGAGGCCAUCGACUUCAUCAACCGUCGGGAGAAGCCCCUGGCCCUGUACGCCUUCUCCAACAGCAAACAGGUGGUCAAGCGAGUGCUGGCCGAGACCAGCAGCGGGAGCUUCUGCGGGAACGACGGCUUCAUGCACUUGACCCUCUCCAGUCUGCCUUUUGGAGGAGUGGGUGCCAGUGGGAUGGGCAACUACCACGGCAAGUUCUCCUUUGACACCUUCUCCCACCACCGCGCCUGCCUGCUGCGCCGCCCUGGGAUGGAGAAGAUCUACUCCAUCCGCUACCCCCCCUACUCACCUCGCAAGCUGAGGAUGCUGCUGGUGGCCAUGGAGGCCCGUGGCUGCAGCUGCACCCUGCUCUGAGCCCGCCUCGGGCACCCGGGCACCGGGCGCUGCUCCGGCCUUCAUCUGUGAGUGCGCUGCCCCUGCCACCUGGGGCUCGUGGAGACGUGGCCUGGGCUCCACACGCAAGGAGGAAAAGACCUCGGCCCGGACCGGUCUUGCCCUCCUCGCUCCCAGGGCUUUUCUUUUCCAGCCCUCAGCCUCUUCCCUCGGCCGCCUCCCAGCUAGGACGGGGCCAAGGUGAGGGAGCCUGGGAAACAAGGCAGUGACCCGCCCUCUCCCGCCUCCCAUCUAGCCACCCGUGUCCUGGGAGAGGCUGGCAGGCAGGGAUACCUCUGAGCCACCCCCCUUCCUGUGGAGGGCCCAGAAGGGGCCACACUGCAGACCUGCAGCGGCCCAGGCCCCGGGAAGAAAUCCCUGCGCUCCCUGAGGUUUUUUUUCUAUCUGCACAGCAGAGGUGAUGUCUUGGCACCUCUGGAGAUGGUCACGAGGAUUAGAUUUUUGCAGUUUAAUAAAUUAAUUGUUGACCCCAA